UCUAAAGCCACGAGGCCACGGGCAGCCGAGAAAGCAAGAGCACGGCGGGAGCGGAGGAGCCGGUGCUGGUGAGUUGGGCUGAGGUAAUCAACUGUAAGGAUUACGUCUGGUUUCAUUAUCCGUAUUUCCAUCCUCGUCUGAAUUAGGAUCCAUCUUCUCUGGGAUCAAGACCAAAGAGUGCUAGUAGUGUUUGUACUUCACGGGAGCUAGCUGUGACAUCAAGCAGUGGGAAUUUACUACACUCAAGAGAGUCCUACAAGCUUGCCCCAGGUGCCAUAAUGACAGGCAGUAGCCCCCAGGACAGGUAUAAGGCUGUUUGGCUUAUCUUUUUCAUUCUCGGCCUUGGGACACUUUUGCCAUGGAAUUUUUUCAUGACAGCUACAAUGUACUUUAACAGCCGCCUGAAGGACGAUCCCUCCCUCAGUUCAGCCAACAUGAAUGUCACAGGGAUGGAGAAAUUCAUAUCCGCUAAUGAUUCCCACACCAGCCAUGCUAACGUGAACAUUACAGGAAAUGAGAAACCUCACCCCUCAUACCUGCAAUCCAUAUUCGACAACAUGAUGACGCUCUGCGCCAUGCUGCCUCUACUCGUCUUCACCUGCCUCAACUCCUUCAUCCACCAGAGGAUCCCUCAGCAGGUACGGAUCCUAUGCAGCCUGGCUGCCAUCUUCUUGGUCUUCAUGAUAACUGCUAUCUUAGUCAAGAUCUCCAUGGAGCCUUUGCCUUUCUUCAUUGUUACCAUGGUCAAGAUUGUCUUCAUCAAUUCUUUUGGUGCCAUUCUCCAGGGCAGCCUCUUUGGACUCGCAGGGCUCCUCCCUGCCAGCUACACAGCACCGAUUAUGAGCGGACAGGGCCUUGCAGGGACGUUUGCAGCCCUGGCCAUGAUCUGCGCUAUUGCCAGUGGCUCUGAAUUGGAAGACAGUGCCUUUGGUUACUUUAUCACAGCCUGCGUGGUGAUCCUGGUGGCCAUUGGCUCCUAUAUUAUGUUGCCUCGUCUGGACUUCUUCCGUUAUUACUCCAUGAAGGACAAGACAGAAUAUCGGGUCCAUGAGAUACACUCUGAGAUGGAAACCAAGGUUGAUCUCAUCAAGAAAGAGGAGCUCAAUGGAGUAGAAUCCAAACAUGCUGCAAAUGGGGCCUCCCAUGCAUCCGGCCACAGCACCUCAGUCCUCAGCAUCUUCAAAAAGAUCUGGGUCAUGGCUCUUUCCGUCAGCUUAGUCUUCACCGUCACUAUUGGGGUCUUCCCAUCUGUCACUGUUGCUGUGAAGCCGACCAUUGCAGGACUGACCUGGGCUAAAUAUUUCACUCCAGUCUCCUGUUUCCUGAUGUUUAAUGUCUUCGACUGGGCAGGCCGGAGCCUUACCACGGUCACUAUGUGGCCCGGAAAGGACAGCCGACUGCUGCCCUGCAUGGUGGUUGCCCGUGUGGUCUUUAUCCCUCUCUUCAUGCUGUGUAACGUGCAGCCGCGCCACAACCUGCCUGUCUUCUUUGGACAUGAUGCGUGGUACAUCAUCUUCAUGAUCUUCUUCGCCAUCUCCAACGGCUAUCUGGCCAGCCUCUGCAUGUGCUUAGGACCCAAGAAGGUGCUGUCCCACGAAGCAGAGACCGCUGGAACCAUCAUGGCCUUCUUCCUCUCCUUGGGCCUGGCCAUGGGGGCCAUCUUCUCCUUCGCAUUCAAACAUUCAGUCUAACCGCAAACAAUUGGCAGAGGAGCAGAGCCACCAACCUGUUCAGAGCCCGUAGCACCGUUGAGGAUUUUUUGCCUGCUUCCCAGGAACUCACUGCCUUAGCUGACUUGCGUACCUCUUGGCUUGAAGGAAUUGGGGGGGGGGGGGGGCUUCGCCUCACUCGCUGCACAGACUGACCAGCUAGGAAUCACCUCCACCAAUACGCCAUUAUGCCAGCUGUCUUCUCCCAUUGCAGUCAGGAUCUUUGUGCUCUGCCUCCCAAACUCAGUAUCAUUCACGCGGUGUGUUCUCUUAAGCUGGGACUGUGUAAGACUUUCUGCUCGAGGGUGUUUACAUUGUUGCACUCUCCACUGCCACACAAAAGGGAUUUGUCCCCCAUCACUGCCACUUCUGCCUCAGCCCAGCUUCUCAACCCUGUUGUGGGUUAUAUGGAUCCACUCCAUGCGCCCCAGACAUCAUCAGUAUCUGCUUUGGUAUCAGAAGGAUUGAUAAUAGCCAGAGCCCCAUCCAUCAGAUGGCAUGCCCUACCUCUGGAAGGUAGUCCUUCACUUGGGGUGCACAUCUGGUGCACCCAAGCCACCUUGUUUCCAAGACAUGCCUAGUUCACGGACAGAAAUCAGAUAAGCACCAGCUGGAGAGGAGGGCCCAGGCCCAUAACUGGUGGAACUGUGGGGGUGUGCGCUUGUGUAAGUAGAAGCGGUCAAGACAUUGAAGGGCUCUAAUUGGUAAAGCGCCUUGAACUGCUCCCCAUUACUUUGCCAUUGUAAAUGUGUGUUGUGCGUGUACAUGUGCCGUUUUGUAUACAGGCUGACCAUGCCCCUGGUAAUCACUAGGUGGCAGCAUCGGAGGAGAUCAUGCGUUCUUCAAUAUUAUGCUUGGAGUUCAGCUAAUGCUAAAGUGGACCCGGGGGUGGGAGGAUUCACACCACACUACCAUCCCUGGUUGUUGCGAGAAAAGGCCCGGGGCACUUGCAAUCACUUCUCCGCUCGCCUUCUGCGCUCCUUGAAUUAUAAAUCUCAGGAUUUUAGUUAUUUUAUUUGUACUCUGUAUAAAAAUGGUAACGCUUGUGAUGUAGUAUUAUUAUUAUUAUUUUUAAGAGAGAGAAAGCUUGUAGUCCUCCAGGGUAUGGAGGAGACCUGUAUUAUAAAAAAAAAAAUAAGGUGACAAAUUAAAAAGUAGGACUUUUUAAA